AAACAAUCUUUAUUUGCAUCAAAUCGUUCAGAGCAUUAAAUUACCAUCUUUUCAUACUAAAUUGUGAUGCUGCUGCACCUAGCUCUGUUAUGGCUGGCCGUUAACGCUGAUGGUUCCAUUAAUGGAACGUAUGCACACAGUGGAUCUGUUAGUUGUGGAGGUUUGCUAUGCCGGCCGGUAACAAGAAUUUUUACUCAAGAUCCACAACCAAACGAUGGUUUGGUUCACGUUGCUACAAUCCCAGCUGGAGCCUCGAAUAUAUCCAUAACUGAGUUACGAAAUAGUGUUAAUUUGCUAGUUUUACGUACUUCCCAGCAACAAAACAUUGUUAAUAGCGAAAGCAAUGUGUCGGAAAGCGGAUCGUAUGAAGCGCUCGGUACCAUAUUUGACUAUCACCGAAUCGAUGGAGUCCAGAACUCUGAUGGAGUUACCGAAUGGAUAACAAGUUCUGGGCCAAUAAGGGACUCAUUGGAGCUAUUGUUAUUUGGGAACAAUCGAAAUCCAGGUAUAAAGUAUGAGUACAUGCUUCCCAUAAUAUCUGAUUCUGAAGAGAACGAGCUCUCUGGGGAGAAUAAUAAUAGUUUAUUGCGAUCUGGAGGGGAGGACGCUAGUACUUCAAGUAGUUCACGUCCAGGGCGACGCCGUAACUUUACCUGGAAGGUGGUAGGGUUUAGUGCUUGUACGAAGUCCUGCGGUGGUGGUGUACAAGCGCCUAUUGUACGUUGCAUUCGCGAAAAUCUUUUAAGGUAUUAUUCACAGCGCCGGUGUAUUCAUUCUAAAAAGCCAGUGGUCAAUGAGAACCUAUUGCACUGCAACACUCAACCAUGCCCCGCCUAUUGGCAUUAUGAGAAAUGGGGCGAGUGUCGCUGCCUAAAAGAAAGGGCAUUUAGACGUCGUGAAGUAAGUUGCUUGCAAGAACUAGCAUCUGGAACUGUUAUACACGUUGAUAGCACAGCAUGUAUGGAGGAGAUGCCGCCCACUCAAAAACAAUGUGAGUGUCCAGACAAUCGAAGUCGUGAACUUUCUCGGUAUCGCCUACACAUUAACUCCGAGUCAGCGAAUAGUACACGGAGACAACGAAUCAUGAUUGAUAACAGUAGCAGUAGCAACAAUGCGGUCUGGUUGACAUCUGAAUGGAAUCAGUAUUGUUCUGCCACGUGUGGCUUAGGCGUCGAGUAUCGUACAGUGUUCUGUGAUCGAUCCGAGGCGGGUGCAGUUCGCUGUGAUCCCAACCAAACUCCAGAAAAUCGACGACCCUGUGCUAAGCCCAGCUGUGAAUAUGGCGAGUGGUUUGUUGGCCCUUGGUCAUCUUGCAAUGGAGAUUGCUUCAACCUUAUACGAAGCCGAGUUGUUCUAUGCAUACAAAAUAAAUUAAUUGUCGAUCAAAAAAUGUGCAAGUUGGAGCUAAAACCACAAACGUUUGAAAAAUGCUCCCACGAUGAGGGAGAAAUUACUUUCUGCGCUCCGCGUUGGCAUUACUCUGAAUGGUCGAAGUGUACCAAAACUUGCAAUGGUGGAACACAGCGACGCAGCGUUAGAUGCUUGGACUACGAUGCAACACAGAAUAGCUUACGUGACUCAACCAAAUGUCGGUAUGCGGCCAGGGAGCCAAUAUUUCGUAGCUGCAAUGCACAAGACUGUGAUGAGCAUCACCAAAAUUACUCUUCAUCUACGUGUACCGAUAAACUUUCCAACUGUAAAUGGGCUGCAGAAGGAAAGCUGUGUAGCUAUGAUUACUACCGAAUAAAUUGUUGUACCUCUUGCGGAGGCGGAUUUUAGUGGUAUUAUAAGGUGGAGGUGCAGAGAUGACC